UAACAUUUAAUCUGUCAAUAAUGAAAUCAUUUCUUCUUGUGACUUUCUAUCAUGAAUGUUAGUUUCAAUGUUCAUUUUAGGUUUCAUAAUGAUGCUUCAUUUGAGGCAGAUGAGGAAGUGAGAUUGGGAUUGUACACGGUCAUAGAAAGGAUGUAUCCGAGUAUCCAAGCAAGAUUAAAACUUGAUGCCCAAAAGAACAAAUUCCAUAAUGCAGUUGGUAUGUUUGGCAUUGAUAUGGCCGUUAUAACUAGAGAGAAGAAACAACCCGGACUAUGGUGGGAGAGCUAUGGAGGUAGUUGCAAAGAACUCCAAGAGUUAGCCACAAGAGUUCUAUCUCUCACAUGUAGUGCUACCGGGUGUGAAAGAAAUUGAAGUACCUUUCAAUACAUCCAUUCAAAGAAGAGGAACCGGUUAGAAGCACAAAGAUUGAAUGCAUUAGUCUUUGUCAAAUACAAUCUCACUUUAGAGUUGAGGCAAAAGAAACGAGAGGAGAAUGGUGAUGCUUACGAUCCUAUUUGUCUCUCCGAUAUGGAAUCCGACGACGAAUGGAUUACCGAAAGAGAAGAUCCAUGCUUACCGCUAGACCUUUCAUGGAUGGAUAUGAAUGAGUGCUUUGAAGUUAAUGAGGGAGAAACUAGUAGAAAAGGACGUAGAUGUAUAUUUCAUGGGAUGCAAUCUUUAUCUUCU